UUGGUGGACGUGAUGCCAAACAGUAAAAUCUGACCCAUAUGACGUACCACUUGAGCUCAGAAUUUUGCAUGAAAUGUUCUCGGUGUGGAACAGUUUGUAGAGAAGUUUCCAUGCAACAGAAGUUGACUGCAUUGGGUUUUAACACCUGAUCUUAGGGAGACGGGGCCGGUUCACAGAGUUUUAGUGAAGAGUUUUAUUUUUGUCUUGUCCCUGUAAAAACCACUUGUGGAACAUGGAACGGUCGUCUGAAGUCACACCAAUACCUGAUGCAACGGCACAGGUUGCUGAACCAUGGAAGUUUUGCAAAUCAUCUUUGAUCGGAAAGCUGAGACAGCACUUAACCAACUCAAGAAAAAGGCCCACCAUGGCAACUCCGUGCUCUAGCGGACUCGAUGUCCUCUUGAACACACUGCAGAACGCUGGAGACACUGAAAGUAUGCUAAACAUCCUCAACGUCCUUGAUGAACUGUUGUCAGCAGGCACAGACAGACGAAUCCAUUAUCUGAUAUCAAUUGGAGGCAGUGAAGCUCUGCUGACAGCUUUGGUGAGCUCCGCCCGGUGCUACACACCCAACUACACCAUCCUACUGCCACUACUUCACUUGCUGGCCAAAGUGGGCCACCGAGAUCAUCAGAUUGGUCUGAAAGCACAGAAGGCAGACGCAGUUCUAGUGGUUCUGAGUUUGCUAAAGCAGAAUGCAAAGAAUGCCCAGAGAGCUGCAGCCUGUCUUUGGGUCCUUCGAGUCUUCUGUUCUUCUGUGACCACAGCGGCUAUGCUGGGGAGGAACCGAGGGUUGGACAUUGUCUUCAAGCUUAUAUCGCCACACACAACCAAGCACUUACGUACCGUAAAGGCUGCUGUCGAUGUUUUUGCUGCAAUGUUAUGCUCAAAGGUCAACUGUCGGACUGCCGUCGCCAAAGGCUACAUUGGUGAUCUUCUGAAGCUGUACGAAGACUGGCACAUCAAUGAUGCCAAGCUAGAGAACAUUCCUAUACGCAGAGCCCUACUGCACUGUCUGCACUCUGUCGCCAACUCAAGUGUAGGCAGGAAAACCUUGGUCGCUGAGGGCGGAAUGCAUCUUCUCUUCCAGACCUCUCAGAACUGCUUAACCACGAAAGGCCUGGAAUCUCUGGUGGAACCGGCAGUCCAGCUCAUGCGGAAAUGCUAUCCAAAAGUCCCUCUUCCUCUGACUUCAGACAAGAGUGCUUACAGCUUUCCUCUUCCUGGGAGGCCUGUCGAUGUCUGGGAUGCCGAUUUAGGGUCUCAAGAUGGCGGUUUAGAAGAUGACAGUGACGAGGACACAGAGAAAGAAGAGCCAGACAACAGGGACUACGAGGAUGACCUGGAAACAGAUGUAAACAAGCUGCGGCCCCGACCGGAGCCCGACAGACCCCUAGAGCAGCUGGGCCAAUAUAUGCGCCUCUGCCCUGAGCUUCACCAUGACUUUCAGGAUUUGGAUUCCAGCUCUGAGGUUGAUGAAAGCUCGGAUGAAGACAGUUCUCUGGAGGGUAACUUUAGCAAGAAGAUACCAAGAGGUAAGAGAUCAAAAGCAAGCAAAGGAGACUCCUUGACGCCCUCCAGCCCAGAUUCACCUAUCUCCCUUGAGUUGAACCAUGGUUCAGAGGAAGACAACCGUCUCCAGACCAGGGAUUUACAAAAGCAUUACCUCAACUGCUCCAGGAAAGGCUUAGAUGGCCAUUGCAGUAUGGUGGGCAGGCUUCUGGAGAAUUAUGGGACCUUUAUUCCCAACCAUGAUCCACAUCUGUACAAUGCCACUGCUGCCAGUACCAAAUCUAUUGCGGGAUACUCCAUCCUAGCUUUUCCUGACUUCUGGGGUCACCUGCCUCCACAAGGGCAAGAGCCAAUGGCUAAGAGACCACCCCAUGUUCAAAGAAAUAAAGUUUUCGAAGACAUCCAGCGUCUUCUCUGCCCAGAGAAGAUCAUCAACAAGGUUGUUUUUGAUAUGGAGGAUCCUAGUCCCCAGAGUUCCUAUGAGACAUAUCCCAGCUACCUUCGAUUCUUCUCCAAAUUUGAGAGCGGAAACCUGCAAAAAGUCAUUCAAGUCCGCAGUCACGAAUAUGAUCUGAUUCUCAAUGCUGAUGUCAACUCCUCUGCACACUAUCAAUGGUUCUAUUUUGAAGUGAGCGGUAUGUUGGCUGGUGUGCCUUAUCGUUUUAAUGUCAUCAACUGUGAGAAAGGAAACAGCCAGUACAACUACGGCAUGCAGCCUGUACUGUAUUCUGUGAAGGAAGCUCUGGAGGGCAGACCACAAUGGGUACGAACAGGCUCUGAGAUCUGCUAUUACAGAAAUCAUUUCUGUCCUAGAAGAGGUCAAAGUUCUUUCUACACCCUGACUUUCACGGUGACCUUUUGCCAUGAUGACGACGUGUGCUACUUGGCUUACCACUACCCUUACACCUACACCACCCUUCAGACCCAUCUGAAGAUGUUGGAAAAAUCGGUAGACCCUCACAAGGUUUUUUUCAGUCAUCAAAACCUCUGCGACACGCUGGCGGGGAAUUCCUGCUCUUUAGUCACGAUCACAGCCUGCCCUACUUCCGGAGCCUGGAAACACCUGCACCACCUUUGUAACCGGCCAUAUGUCAUACUGACAGCAAGGGUACAUCCUGGAGAAAGCAAUGCCAGCUGGGUAAUGAAGGGCACACUGGAGUUCCUGUGCAGCAGUGAUCCUGUUGCAGAGAGCUUGAGAGAGGCCUACAUCUUCAAAAUCAUCCCAAUGCUCAACCCUGAUGGCGUCAUUAAUGGCAACAAUCGUUGUUCUCUCAAUGGCGAGGAUCUGAACAGACAGUGGCUGAAGCCUGACCCUAAUUUCAGCCCAACGAUUUACCACACCAAAGGUUUCCUCUAUUACCUCAACAGCAUAGGCAGAACUCCGCUGGUGUUCUGCGAUUACCAUGGACACUCCAGGAAGAAGAAUGUCUUUCUGUAUGGCUGCAGUAUGAAGGAAACCCUGUGGCAAUCUGGAUCUCCCAUUAACACAGCUUCGCUGAAAGAGGACCCAGGUUACAGGACCAUUGCUAAGACGCUGGACCGUAUAGCUCCUGCAUUCUCCUUAAACAGCUGCAACUAUAUGGUGGAGAAGUCUCGGGCGUCCACAGCACGAGUGGUCGUCUGGAGGGAGAUUGGUGUUCUUAGAAGCUACACGAUGGAAAGCACCUACAACGGCUGCAAUCAAGGCAUCUACAAGGGUCUUCAGACAGGCACACAGGAAAUGGAAGAAAUGGGGAUGAAGUUUAGUCAGAGUCUGCUUACCCUCAGGAAAAACUCCAUCAAUUACAACUGUCGUCUGAUCCACCACGCUCCUGCUCUGCUGGACCUCGACGACCGAGUCCUCGACCACAAAUCCAAUAAUUGUUAUGAGGACGAUGAGCCAUCUUGCACUGAGGAGAUCGAGUACUCGUCCUGCAGUGACAUGUUUGGUGCCAAUGAUCUGGACAUGGAGGUGAACGGUAACACAUCCAGUGCAGAGGAAGAUGAUGAGGAUAUAGAUAUCUGCAAGAAUGGGAUGCGGCACACAGACAAGAAGUCCCAACUUCUUCCUAACUUCCUGCAGCAAGAAGCCCUGGAGACUCUAACCAUUAAGAGUGGACAGUGUAAUAGCUUUAACAUCAGCAAUGGCCACUUUUGUUAGGGUUCUUUUCUUCUUCUUUUUUUGUCUUCUGUGUUAUUUAUAUUUUGUGUUACAUCACAAUAGUGUCUUGAGUAUUACCUUAUCUCAAGGGAUUAGAUUCUGUUUUUACUUUAACACCCUCAUGUUGUUCCAAAUCCAUAUGACUUUCUGUCUAAAGUGGAACACAAAAGAAGGUAUCGGCAGAAUGUUAGUCUCAGUCACCAUUCACUUUCAUUACAUCUUCUUUCCAUAAAAUGAAAGUGAAAUGUGACUGAGACUAACAUUCUGCCUAACAUCUCCUUUUGUUUUCUACAGUAGAAGAAAUAAAAGAAUAAAAGUCAUACAGGGUUUGGAAUUACAUGUGGGAAUGUGUACAUUAUUACAGAUUUUUAAUAUAUGGGUGUACUAUGUCUUUAAGGGUGAUGACAAAAUUAUUAGUUACAGAGGUCUUGAGUCAGGUCUAAGAGCUAUACAUGGGUUAUUACUAACAAAGAAAGAAGGACAUACACACCUGCAAACAUUAUCAGUGCCUGAACAGAGAUGAGAUUGCACACAUUGGAUGGCCAACAUGUGGACACCAACACCACAGCCACAUGUGCUUGCUGAGAAUUUCAUUUCAAAACCAUUGCCAUUAGAAGGGAGUGUUCACAUACUUUUGGCCAUGAAGUGUAUUUCACUGCAAGAAUAACAGUUGAAGAAUAAUUCUCCAGUGCAUAAUUAUAUAUAUUUGAUGCACGAUACACUGCAAAAAACCAUCGGCUCAAGUCAAAUGAUGACACAUUUAUGGGUUUGUUUACGACUAUUCUUACUGUAAACUACAGGCUGAUAGCUUGCUAAGUUACUCAAGAACCUCUGCUAUAUAACAGUUUUCUUCUAUAAUAGCACUGCAUGUAAAAUUUACCUUUAAUAAUAUUUCUUAUAUUAUAAUAUAUAUAUAUAUUUAAGGCAAUAUCACACUCACAAUCGUGCUGUAUGACCCUACAUCAGCGGGCUCGUGCCUACAGACAAAUAACAGCCACGAUGAUUUAGGGCCAUCAGCACGAUUACGAGUGUGAUAUUGCUUAUAAAACAAUGAGUAAAAACUAAGGACUGUAACAAAAAACUAACAAAAAAAAAAACGGAUUUGUGCAUGUACAUUCUUACACCACAGAUCAUGAUCUGCUCUGUUGCUAGUUCAAAAUAUGUGCACAAUACAGAUAAUGUAAUUUUGGCGAAAUGCAUCCUGUAUUCUCAAUGGAAAAAUAGCCAUCCAAGUGGGGAUAUUCCUCCCUAUUUCAUGGUAACUGGUGUGCAAGAGUCUUUCACUAUAGAAACCGCAAUUUCCUCUGACAUUUUUAACAAUUCGUCCUCUCCAAUAAACUCUGGUAAGAGGUACAUGCCUCGAGUUGUGUCAUUAAUCAGUCUGCUGUGUCUCUCAGCUGUGAUGAGCCUUAAUGCUGAAGUUGUUAGUUUAAAGCCAUAUAAAGCUAUUUCCUAGGUUAAGUAGUGUAUUAAUAUGAGCGUUCACUGAAGAGCUGUUGAAUAUAAACAUAAUUAUGUAAAAUGUACAUACAUAAUUGCAGUUAAGGAAUAAAAACUACACUGAACUAUUGAAUUACUACUUAACAACAAUUAUAGAAAUGACUGCCAAAAAUGGUUGAUAAGGGCUUUCCUCCUUUUAAGAGCACAUGUUGAAACAGUAUAAAGAGACAGGCACUGUAUUAACAUUAAAAACAC